CAUAUCUACAGAAAAGCUGAUGUUCCUUCCCAUUUCUUCCCGGAGUUCCGUCGUGAAUAGAUUCAGACAUAGUGCAAUGUGAAACGGGUCUUGGUAGAGCCAGGAGUUGAUCUCUGUUUCCAAUCAUACUUUCUGUUCAGACGAUGGAUAGCUGUCCCUCGGAAGUACACCGGAAAGAUAUCAAAGAGGGGUCUACCACAACUCUUCAAAAUAAAGAAGCAAAGCAAAAGCGAUCCAUGAGUGAGAAAAUGACAGUGAACGAUAGAUCAACGAGUGUCAGUUGUUGGACCCUGCCAAUGAUGUGUAAACACAUCGACUUCAGGAGACAUGUGUUUCGCUGGUCUCGUGACCAUAGCAAAGAGGACCAAUCCAGUUUAGAAGAGACCUUGUUACAGGCAAAGGACGGUUACAAGAACAGCAUCCGCAGGAUUACUCGUAACAAAAGUACCCGAAGUAUGACUGAAGCGGAUGUUAAGCACGUCAUCUUCGUAAUGAUCAGUCCCCUGUUGGAACAGCUUGGAUUGACGAUGAACGCCGAAGAGACGAUUAAUAUGGACUGCAUGCCAUCAUGCAGGCUUGAUUACAUUUUGAAAUUUGAUGAUAUUCCUGUAGGAGCCAUCGAAGUUAAAUGCGCGGGCUCCUUCGACGAGAAUGCCUACGCCCAGGCAGUUAUUCAGCUGGUUGUCCUGCAGCAAUGGGCGUAUAAGAAGGGUCGUCAUAUCCACGUGGAUAUGAUUGAAGUACCUAUUGUUAAUAUCCUGACUGACGGAGAAAGAUUUGUAUUGAUGAAGUUGAAACGAGAAAAGAUAUAUGUACAAAAAAUCAAGCCAAAGGAGGGUUCACUACCACAUAAACUUCUUGUUCGAUGCAUUUCUAAGGACUUUCGCACCGUUUACGAACAGCUCCAGGAUGCAUUGUCUCGAGCAGUGUCCAAACUGAGACAACUAUCAAAUUCACCGACAUAUGAGUCAGAUGAGAAUUAUACACAUGCCGAUGACAGUCAAGGAGGGGCUCCUGUGCAGGGAUAUAACAAGUAUCCAAACGAAAUCAGGAUACUUCCAUUAAUGAACGUGAUCAUGUGGCGGGAGUUUCUUUACCCACUGAAGGAGAGGAAGAGGAAAAUAAAGAAGGCUGCUGGUGGAUUUGUGGAUGGCACAAUUCAAGGACCAAAAUCCCUGUCACGAACAUUCGCCACAAGACUUGGUGAUAUGUAUUAUUUGAAACCAAAGGCACGGGUGUCAGAGGGAGUAAGACAAUCAAAGAAGAGAAAAAGAAAGAAAGCCCUGCAUCAGUGACAUAAGAGGAUGGAUGACUAAAAACUUUUGAAAUUAGAUGAUGACAAAAUGGAAUACAUGGUUAUUGGAGCCAAGGCACAAAUACAGAAAGUUCCCACUACUGAGAGUAGGAGCAGGUACUGUUCAUCCAGUCAAUCAAGUCAAGAACCUUGGUGUUAUGUUCUCCAACAAUAUAUAAACAGAGCUACAAGCACUUCCGUCUGUUAGAAUAGCAACCUUUCAUCUUCACGGAAUAUAUCAGCCACAUUGAAAUAUCUAUGCGCAUAAUUACUCGGCAUUUUGUAUUCAAAAUGAUUUUAACUAUGGUAUUUAUUGAGUUUCAACACAAAUGUAUGUUUUAAUAUUUUCAAUUGUGACCGUAAUUUGUUCAUACUCUUGGAUUGUCACAAAAGAAUGUUUAAUUUAAUA